AAUGAGGUCACAAAUAAAGUCCUUUGACAAUAUUUUUACGUUUCAACGACACAUAUGCCAUGAAAUGACUUCUAAAGAAGUUGACAAAUGUUGUGCUUGUAAAUUUCCAAUCAAGAAUAAUUUACAUAUAGCGCUUGGUCUCAAAUGGCAUCGAAAUUGUUUCAGGUGUUCUGAAUGUCUGUGCACUGAUCCUUCGCAUUACAUAGCAAGCGAUAAUGUGUUGUAUUGUAAGAAAGAUUAUGUUUUGAAAUUUGGCGAGCAUUGUCAACGCUGUAAAGAACAAAUCACAGGUCCUGUCAUGGUUGCUGGAGAUCAAAAAUAUCAUACAGAAUGUUUUGUUUGUACGAAAUGUUUGAAGUUUAUUGGUUAUGACGACGACUAUAUGUUAGUUGAAAGACAUAAUUUGUAUUGUAAUGACUGCUACAAGAGGUCGGUUCUACCAGCGAUAAGUACUCCUGUUGGUAAACUUGGACACUGCCAUACCAUUCAACAUAUAAAUCUUACACCAACUCCAGUUGGAAGACGUAAAUUUUCCGUUCUGAUAGAGAAAGCAAACGACAUUCAUAAGUUUUUACGUUCAGCCAACCCGAUCAUCGCUCAAAACGGAGAACGACGAAGCUACAUCGCCAUUGACAACGUGGAUGCCAGUAGUGAAUUAAAAGCUCGAGGCGUGCAAAGUGGAGAUAAAGUUCUUGAGGUCAAUAAUAUAAUGGUUACUGAUGCAACUGUUGAUAAGCUUUCUCAUAUAAUCUCAAAUCCACAACGCGUACAAACACUUACGAUAGAACGUAAUAAUGCAGUGAAGCAGCCCUUUAACUCGGACAUAAAAAUCUCGAAGAAAAAAGAAGUCUUGCCUUCAGCCAUUUUGAGAUCUCCUGUUGAUCGUCAGUCAUCGUUGGAUCUCAUAGGUAGCCCUGAUUACGACCAAAAAUACAAAAAACAUUUAAUGCCUUGGGAUGAAGACACUGAGGACGGUUAUGUUAUAAACGGACAACGAAAAACACGGAAAAAACCUGAGAGGGCUAAUUCCCUUCCACGAAGUAAUUCAACAGACAACAAUAAUGUUAUGAAGUGUAACUCUGUCUUGCAUCGCUCACAGUCGGUCAGGACAUCAGUCGGACAGGUUUUUCGUCCUUGUGACCUUAUACUUGGCGAGGUUAUUGGUAAAGGUUUCUUUGGUCAAGUUAGUAAGGUUGUGCAUCGAGGAACUGGAAAAGUUAUGGUGUUAAAGGAGUUAGUAAGAUGUGACGUAGCAGCUCAAAAACAGUUUGUCAAAGAGGUAACUCUUCUUAAAACUCUUGAUCAUCCAAACGUGUUAAAAUUUAUUGGAAUUUUGUAUAAGAACAAAGUUCUCAGUUUUAUCGCAGAAUACAUUGCUGGAGGAACGUUGCGAGGGAUCUUAAAGGAUCAAACACGAAAUUUAUCAUGGUCACAAAGAGUGAAAUUUGCCAAAGAUAUUGCCUUGGGAAUGGAUUAUCUUCAUAAAAUGAAUAUCAUCCAUAGAGAUCUCAAGUCCAAGAAUUGUUUGGUCAGAAAAGAUGAGGGGAUGACAAUAGUUGUUGCUGAUUUUGGUCUUGCGGGAAUAUUGAGCAUUGACGAAGAAGAAAACGGUACUGUUCAGGAUCAAAACAACAACGGAAACAAAUCACUUACUCAUGUUCAAACCCGUCAUACGGCACCAAAAAAACGUACGACAAUGGUCGGCUCUCCCUAUUGGAUGGCACCCGAAAUGCUUCACGGGAAUGCGUAUGACGACGUUGAUAUUUUCUCCUUUGGUAUAAUCGUUUGUGAGAUCAUCAGUAGAGUUAAAGCUAGUCCUGAUUUUAUUCCUCGUACUAAAACCUUUGGUCUCGAUGAGUCGUCUUUCGAAGAAAAAUUUUGUUCCGACUGUCCAAAAGCUUUUUAUCGUAUUGCAUGUUUAUCCUGUGAUAUGAAUCCCAGUGACAGGCCAACGUUUGCUUCUCUCAGUUAUUGGUUAGAAGCUUUGUUAGUUCAUCUUGAAGUAGGAAUGACUUUACCUAAUGACGUUUCCUCUGUUCUUUUAUCAUCAAAAUCUAAAAAGAAGUAACACAUAGAGAAUUACUUUUAUAUGAUUAUUUUUUAAAUAUGAAUUUUAGAAAUCUUAAUCUAUACAUUCGCAACACACAUUUUACAUUAACGAAAACAUUCGAUUAAAUAUUUUCUUUCAUUUGUA